AUGGGAAAAGACCUGGUGAGGAAGGAGCUCGACACCGUGGCAAUGGAGCCGCUUAGCCCCAUGUCACAGUUGCUCAGUUCACCAGGAAUGUUCAUUGUAGUAACCUUUGGGUUUAAAAUUCCGUUUAACCUUUCCGCCAUUGUCGAAGGCAUCAAGAACACAUUGAUCAAUGCUCCCAGAUUCUCUAGUAAAAUGGACAUCGACUAUCAGAAAAAGGGAGAAUCGGUCUGGAUUCCUGUAAGGGUUCGAGUAGAAGAUCAUGUUAUCGUUCCGGAUCUUGACUAUGGCAACAUUGAUAGUCCUGAUCAGUUCAUAGAAGAUUAUACUUCAAGCAUUGCUAAUACUCCAAUGGACAUGUCCAAGCCUCUCUGGGAGUUUCAUUUACUCAACAUAAAGACAUCAAAUGCGGAAUCUGUGGUCCUGGCCAAAAUUCAUCAUUCAAUCGGUGAUGGAAUGUCUCUUAUGUCCCUUUUACUCGCUUGUGCUCGAAAAACAUCAGACCCAAACGCGCUAGUUUCCACUAAAACAGCUACAAGAAAACCUACUGCUUCUAAGGCUUCGGCUUGGUGGUUGUUUACUGGAUUUUGGUUAAUGAUAAGGGCCGUUUUCUAUACUAUUGUUGAUGUGUUUAAGUCUCUUCUUACAAUUUAUUUUCUGCGGGAUACCAAAAAUCCUCUUAUGGCUAAUACAAACAAUGGGAUUCGAUCUUGGAAGGUUAUCCAUCGGACAAUAAGUUUCGAUGAUGUCAAGUUAGUGAAGAACGUAAUGAACACGACAGUGAAUGAUGUUCUUCUCGGAAUGACACAAGCCGGUCUUUCAAAAUAUUUGAGUACAAAAUAUGAUCGAUAUACAAUGGUCCAGAAAGAAAAAAUCUUGGAAAAGAUCCGUGUUCGUAGUACUGUAGCUGUAAACCUAAGACCAGCAGCUAAUAUAGAGGAUCUGGCUAAUAUGAUGGCGAACGGUUCGAAGUGUAGAUGGGGAAACGUUGUGGCUGUUAUUUUAUUUCCUCUAUGGAUAAAGUCAGAGGAUGAUCCGCUCGACUAUGUAAACAAGAUUGUUAUCAAUCUAGCUGUUGAUACAUCAACAAUCCCAGAUCCUCAUCGACUAUGUGAUGAUGUGGUGGAAUCGCUCGAAACCAUCAAAUCUGCCAUAAACUUUCAUAAAACGGAGGUCUGA